ACUUAUUCUAAUAAACUCAAAUGUUUAAUAUGAACAAUAAUGAAAAUUUAUAAGAAGAAUUAAUAUAGAAGUUAAGCCAUCUGUAAUUAAGCGAAAGUACUUAAAAAAUAAAGAAAUUUUAGCUGACGAUGACAAUUCAAGACAAUGUAGCCCUGCUUUAGAUUCAAGACUUUUGGAAGUAAUUAGAGAGCUACCCAAUCAUUUAAAAUAAAAGUUGAACAGUUUGAUUCCUAAAACAAAUUAUCAACUGAUAAAACAAAAUGAUGAAAGCAUUUAUUACGGAAUGAUGGAAAAUUAAUAAAAAUAAGGAGAGGGGAUUUAAAUCUGGUAAAAAAUAGGAAACUUAUUAGAAGGGUAAUUAUAUUUAAAUAUAUUUAGUCAAUGGGAAAAUGAUUAAUUAGAAGGAUAUUGUAGAAUGUAUUAUGCAAAUGGGGACAGGUAACAAAUAUAUAUAUUUUAAAUUAGUUUUGAAUGUUAAUUUAAAUCAGGGAAAACAAAUGGGUUUGGAGUAUUUAAAUCUCAAAAAAAGAUUGUGAAAGGUAAUUUAAUAUAUAUUUAUAAUAGGCCUAUGGAUUGAUAAUACAAUAUAAGGAGAAGGUUAAGAAAUCAAAAGUGAUGGAAGUAGAUAUUUUGGUUAAUUUUCUAAUGGAAAAAAAGAAGGCAGAGGAAUUCUUAUGUUAAAUGACGGCUGCAAGUAUGAAAUUAUCUAUCUUUAGAUAUGAAGGCUAAUUUAAAAAUAAUUACUUUAACGGAGAAGGAACGUUUCUAUGGAAUGAUGGCUCAUAUUAUACAGGAACUUUUACAAACGGAUAAAUAUUAGGAUUUGGUUAUUAUAUGAAUAGUGUUGGAAUAUAAAUGAUAGGACAUGUAAUAUAAAUUUUAUAUAAAAAGUUUACAGAACUAAAGUAGAGUAGAAGAGAUAACGAAGAAAAAAAUCAACAUUUACAAACAAUACUUUUUGUUAAUUAAUACAAUUAAACUUUAAUGAUUGAAAAGAUUCGUAUUCUCUGA